CGCAUUACCUAUUGGUGAAACUACAAAUAAAUCUACAGAUAGGCAAAUUGAAUUAGAUAUGGAUAUGGAUGAAGACACCAAAUUGUAUAAUGAAUUAUCAAAUGUUGAAGAUUGGGAAAACCAACUACAUGACUGGGAGGAAAUGCUAAUGGAUGAGGAGAUUGCUAGACUAGAGGAAGAAGAGGAAGAGCGAGAUA